GUAUAAAGGACACUAUAUGCCACAAUCGAGCAGUUAAUCAACUAAUUUUAAUCUCUAAAAUGGAUACACAAAAUACUCUGCGUUUGAAUCUGGCCAAUGCCUUGAGUCUUUCUGUAAACGUUCUCCUAAUUGUGGUUCUCAUGAGUGAUCAAUGCCAUCUACAGAGAGUGGAAGUUCCAGCAGAAGUAAUAGUCGAUCCCAAGUUUAGUUCUCCAAUUGUAAAUAUGACAGCGCCCGUGGGACGUGAUGCCUUCCUAACCUGCGUCGUCCAGGACCUGGGCCCGUACAAGGUGGCGUGGCUCCGAGUCGAUACCCAAACAAUACUUACGAUACAAAAUCAUGUUAUUACCAAAAAUCAGAGAAUCGGAAUUGCCAAUUCAGAGCACAAGACAUGGACAAUGCGCAUCAGGGACAUCAAAGAAUCGGACAAAGGAUGGUACAUGUGCCAAAUCAACACAGACCCUAUGAAAAGCCAAAUGGGCUACCUAGACGUUGUAGUACCGCCGGAUAUCCUAGAUUAUCCUACAAGCACGGACAUGGUCGUUCGCGAGGGCAGUAACGUGACGCUCAAAUGCGCUGCUACCGGUUCACCAGAGCCGACAAUUACAUGGCGACGUGAAAGUGGAGUGCCCAUCGAGCUGGCCAGCGGAGAGGAAGUUCCCAGCAUUGAGGGCACAUACCUGGUAAUACCAAAUGUAAAGCGUCAACAUAUGGGAGCUUACCUCUGCAUAGCCUCCAAUGGUGUACCCCCCUCAGUGAGCAAAAGGAUAACCCUCGUAGUGCAUUUUCCACCCAUGAUCACUGUCCAAAAUCAAUUAAUUGGAGCUGUCGAGGGAAAAGGCGUUACUCUCGAGUGCGAAUCAGAGGCCUAUCCCAAGUCCAUCAACUACUGGACCCGAGAACGAGGAGAGAUAGUGCCGCCAGGUGGGAAGUACACGGCGAAUGUUACGGAAAUCGGGGGCUAUCGCAAUGCAAUGCGACUCCACAUCAAUCCUCUGUCUCAGUCGGAAUUCGGGGCCUACAGAUGUGUGGCAAAGAACUCUCUAGGCGACACCGAUGGCACUAUCAAGCUAUAUAGAAUUCCGCCAAACGCUGUGAAUUAUGUGGAAAACUUCGAGGUGCGACAUAAAGGCAAAAAACGGACGAAAAGCUCCGAAUCGUAUCAUCCGGCCAGGGCCCAGGAGCACAGUGGCGAGGACAUGGAGAAUCCCGGUAAAAGAAAAGCCGAUUUAAGCCUCAGUGCGGAGGGCAUCGACAGCAUUUAUGGAUCCUCGGCCGCUCCGACCAGGCUGCAACCUAAUCAGGAUUUGGUCUUCAAGGGACUGCUUUUGGCAGUAGCCGUGUCCGUGGCGGUAGCGGGAAUGAUGCGGAACACCCGGAUGACACAGCUGCCAGAAACACUGACGCAUGUUUGACACAGACGCCAUGUAGACACGAAGGACAUGGAGUCGUCCCUGGAUCUCGGCCGGGAGUUGUAGUCCGUGGAAGUGGCAGCGCGACGACGAUUGAGUUUGUCAAUGCCAAACGUUAGUGGGUGCUGAUUUAUGGCUCGUUGUGGCUGCUUUUCGUUAAAGUCUGCCAACGCUGCAUUACAUAUAUCAUCGCCUCAACGACGGAGUGCGGUCCGCAUCUGUAGUUAGUAAGUAAACAGGCUUCCUUCUCCCAAAUCCCACUCCCUACUCCCAGAAUCGAGUUUAAGUUCAAGUUUAUGCCAUUGUAUCUUUUGUAAAAAUCACAGAGUGCAACUCGAUUGCAUAAAAUGUAUAUAGAAGUUCUGCACGAUUUCUUGAGGUUCUCCUGCCGGUUGAGAAGGAGACACUACCCCGUUGUGUAUUAUAUUGUAUGUAUAAACCUGAUGUGAGAGACUGGAUCUGUGCAAAUUAAAGUUUAAUUGCCGAUUAAUUGAGAGCUAGGGUGUAUAGUUUCGUCAGGGCUAAAGAAAAGUGUAGCUGUUAAGAAAAACUGAAAGGUCAAAGGCAGUUAACCUUCUGGGAGCAGAUGUUGUGGGCAGCAGACAUAUAUUACACAGAUUAUGGCUACAAAUCGGAAAUAUUUAUAAACAAAAAAGGAAAUCUUCGCCAAAUGCUCAGCCAUGUGCUUUGUAAAAAAAAUACAUUAAAUAUUUAAGGCUGUACCUAUACGAAUGAUCCGAACUCAGCCAUUAAAUGCUCAAUCGGUUUUCUUAAUCCCGCUUCAUUGCUCCCGAAGUUAUCAGAACUACCUUUAAGCGUUCAACCAUAUAUGGAUCGCAUUAAAAACGUUAUAAAAAACAACGCAUACAUAUCAUUUACAUAAUUAAUAAUAUUAAAAAUCAAAUUGAAAAAAAAUUGAACUUUUGG